AUGUUGAUCAGAGCACCACAGGCUGUGCAGAUGGACAAAGGCAUGUCUGUGUCUCUGUGGUGUGAGGAGGUGGAGGACGACCAGAGUCAGGACCAGAGCCGGACUGAGGCGCAGGCCCAGGCCCACGUCACAGGCUCGUCUCAGCUGCGAGCCGCCUGGGACCCCACGGUGUCGGGGCAUCGUGUGAUCCAGAGGCUGCUUCAUGUGGAGGAGAGGUACAUGCCCUCCAUGCUCUACGUCACCCUCAUCCAGCGGGAUCCAGAGCGCAGGGAGGAGCUCGCCAAGUGGGCCCUGGAGGUGUGCUGUGAGUGCGGCUGUGAUGAGGCCGUGUUCCCCCUGUCUGUCUCUCUGAUGGACAGGUUCCUGUCCGCCUCUUUGUCUGUACCUGUCUCACCAUACUGCCUGGCUGCUGGCUGUAUCCUCAUCGCCUCCAAACUCAGCGAGUGCGACACCGUCACCGCUGAUACUCUCUGUGCUGCAGCAGAAUACAGCUUCCAGCCGUCCAACCUGCGGGAAAUGGAGCGCGUCAUCCUCGCCUCCCUCCGGUGGGACACAGCAGCAGUGACUCCGCAGGACUUCCUCCCACAUUUUCUUGCCUGUGUGGAGGAGAGAGGAGAUGGAGACAGGGGGGACUCUGAGGGGGAGCUGCUCUCCACCCUGCGGCGGCACAGCGACACGCUGGCUGCCAUGUGCGCCUGUGACGCCCGUUUUCUGGGAGCGCCGCCGUCACUUGUUGCUGCAGCAUCACUGAACUGUGCCCUGCGAGGUCUGGGCAACAAGGGCCCCGCUCAGCUGGCUGUGAUGGGCGAAGCUCUGGCUGAGCUCUGCCAGACGGACCUGGCUGUGCUGCAGUGCUACAGUGAGAUGAUCGAAUAUGCCCUCCGACAGCGGCUGAGGAGUGGGCUUCAGCAGGGACCCAUGGAGAAAGAUGAGGAGGUGGAGAACGAAAGGCCGGGGACACCCACUGACAUGAGAGAGAUUGAUUUUUAA